AUGCGUGAGCAAGAUAUGUUUAAAAUGGCGGCAGAUGGUGUCGAUUGGUGGUUUCGAUAUCAUUUUGAUACUAAUUCACCCAAUGCCUUGAAUGACACUGGCGUCAGUUUGCUCUAUAUUGCCUGUCGCAAUGGUCGAAAAUCCUUGGCCGAAUGGCUUAUAAAAAAGGGCGCAGAUGUCAAUCUUCAAAAUCAAGACGAGUCGACAAGCACACCUUUGCAUGGUGCAGCCUAUCAUGGUUAUGUAUCGACUGUCGAAUUGCUACUGAAUCAUGGUGCCAAUGUGAAUAUUCGCAAUAAAUAUGGUUCUACGGUCUUUGACGAUGCUCGAUUGGAUGAAGUGAAAAAAGUCUUACGAGAACAUCAACAAAAUUUGACAGAGAAUAGAUGGAUUUCUGUACAUCUCUUUGGAGAUGGUGCCAAAUCCGGCAAUGAACCAUUAGCCAAAGUUCAAAUACACUGUAACGCUAAUUUUCAUGAACUUCGACAAUCUAUGCCUGAAAAAUUACGCAAAAAAUAUUCAGAUUUCUCCAUGGCUCGACGUCCAUUAAAUAAUGAAAGUGAUGAUAUUCAAGUAGUUUCAGCUGUGUGUCGUGCUCGAUGUGGAAAAACGAAAUUCAUCGAUUUGCCACUCUGUAUUACGGUUCAUGAAUCACCGCGAUAUAUACACAGUGGUUAUACCAUGAGUCCAGAACUUCCCUUCUGUAGUUUACGUGAGUUUCACAAUAGGUUUUCACAAAAAUGUCAAAUGGCAACAUUUACAGUUAAAGCUCAUCAACCUAAGUCACAAAAAAUUAUUUUGAAUAGUUUAUUAUUUAAGUUUCCACUAGAAUGUGUACAGACGGAUUUAACCAUCAAUAUAAGUUAUAUAUAUUCACCGGACAUGCAAUCAUUUGACUUGCCAGGAUGUCUCUAUCUUUUCAAAACCCAAUGUAAUCAACAAAAAAUUCAAUUUAAUGAAAUGCCCAAGGUAUCCUUAAUUAAUGAACCCAAGGCUCGACUAUAUACUUGGGCAGAGUGUUCACCCUAUUGGUUUACUUCUAAUAGCAAAGAAACACUUUUACCUUCAAUUGGCAGUAUACAUGCGUUUAUAAGACAUGUAGAUAUUAUCCCCCAUUUACUCAGCCUGCCAGGUGACAUGUUUCUUCAGGGUGCAUUUGAUAAACCAUUGAGACCACGUCAAAAUCCGAUCGCUUGUCAAUGUUUAAAAAUUUGUGAGCACAACAAGAAUGUCUUUCCGCACAUUGCUUAUCAUGGAACAACAAUUGGUGUCAUUCGUUCGAUUCUUAUGGAUGGAUUGGUGAUGCCAAGUACGGUAGUCUCCAGUGGAAUACGUGUUUGUCCACCUGCUCAUCAUAUUCCCCGAGGCGAAGAUGCAUAUGGUAUCAAAGAUUUUGCUAACGGUAUUUUCAUAAGUCCGAGUAUUUAUUACUGUUCCGAUCCGUGUUACGCUGUGACAUUCUCCCAUAAUGAUGAGUGUCUCAUUGCUGUACUGGAAUGCAGUGUCAAGAGCGGUUCCUAUGAUACCUUUCCAUGUACAGUCAAAGGCUAUCAACCUCAUCCCGACGAUAAUAUAGACGCUAUCGAAUGGCGUCUGACCAAUCCUGCAGCCAUUGAAAUUAUCUCUAUCCUUUUCAUUCCGAUCAACAAGUCAAAAACUGAAGCAGCACGAUUACGAGCGAAGAAACUUGGCGUUGAUCCAAAUGAUAUGAAUUAA